AGUCCUAAUCCUAGUCCCAGUCCCAGUCCUAGUCCCAGUCCUAGUCCCAGUCCCAUUCACAGCCACAGUCCUAGUCCCAGUCCUAGUCCCAGUCCCAGUCCUAGUCCCAGUCCCAUUCCCAUUCACAGCCACAGUCCUAGUCCCAGUCCCAGUCCUAGUCCCAGUCCCAGUCCUAGUCCUAGUCCCAGUCCCAGUCCCAUUCACAGCCACAGUCCCAGUCCCAUUCACAGCCACAGUCCUAGUCCCAGUCCCAGUCCUAGUCCCAGUCCCAGUCCUAGUCCCAGUCCUAGUCCCAUUCACAGCCACAGUCCCAGUCCCAUUCACAGCCACAGUCCUAGUCCCAGUCCCAUUCACAGCCACAGUCCCAGUCCUAGUCCAAGUCCCAGUCCUAGUCCUAGUCCCAGUCCCAGUCCCAUUCACAGCCACAGUCCUAGUCCCAGUCCUAGUCCUAGUCCCAGUCCCAGUCCUAGUCCCAGUCCCAGUCCUAGUCCCAGUCCCAGUCCUAGUCCCAGUCCCAGCCACAGUCCCAGUCCCAUUCACAGCCACAGUCCUAGUCCCAGUCCCAGUCCUAGUCCCAGUCCUAGUCCCAGUCCCAUUCACAGCCACAGUCCCAGUCCCAGGCCUAGUCCUAGUCCCAGUCCUAGUCCCAGUCCCAGUCCCAUUCCCAGUCCCAGUCCCAGCCCCAUUCACAGCCACAGGGGGAGGACAGUCAGAGGCGUGACUGACAUGUUUGUCUCGGGCCGUUACGUGGAGGAGCUAGAGGUACGCGUGGCUGACAUGUUUGUCUCGGGCCGUUACGUGGAGGAGCUAGAGGUAGGCGUGACUGACAUGUUUGUCUCGGGCCGUUACGUGGAGGAGCUAGAGGUAGGCGUGGCUGAUUUGUUUGUCUGA